AUGACGCCCCUCAAUGUUGCGGUACCCAAGCUGAUGGCUGGUGUUGUGGUGCCAACCGGGAUUGUUGCCGAACAAAGGACACAGGCGACUGCUGCCUUGAAGGACAGGAUUGUUGCGGUACUGCAAAAGCUCCAGGUUGGGGAGCUUGUUGCGAUGCUGGUGCGACAUGCUGCGAUUCUUCAGACGGGAAGCCAUUUAGAAACUGUGACCAAGACAACAACUUCAUGGGCGACUGAAACCGACACUGAGACCGUUACGACGGAUGGCACAACUACAGUGGAAACCGUGUCGACCAAAGAGACCUUCGUAUUUGUGACGGUAUCCCGAGGCGCCACAGAAGAGCAACAGAAAUAG